GACAAUCUCAGGCCUUGCAAUGUUUUAAAGCCAAUGAAUUAAUAGUGCUAUUUCUUUGAGAGAGAUCAUAUGUAAAAAGAGUGCGAGAGUGUUGAAUUGCUAAAAACAAAGAAAGAUGGUGAGAGCUCCUUGCUGUGAGAAGAUGGGAUUGAAGAAAGGGCCAUGGACACCCGAAGAAGAUAAGAUUUUGAUUUCCCACAUUCAAAAAUAUGGCCAUAGCAAUUGGCGUGCACUGCCUAAGCUAGCUGGUUUAUUAAGAUGUGGGAAGAGUUGCAGACUCCGAUGGAUAAACUAUUUAAGACCAGACAUUAAGAGAGGAAACUUCACCGAGGAAGAAGAGGAAACCAUCAUCAAGUUACAUGAAAUGCUGGGAAAUAGGUGGUCAGCAAUUGCAGCGAAAUUACCAGGAAGGACAGAUAAUGAGAUUAAGAAUGUGUGGCACACCCACUUGAAGAAGAAGCUCAAACAAAAGCAAGACUCCAAAUCCAAUAAUCAAGAACUAUAUGUGACAGUACCAAAAUGUGAAGAAAUCAGUGUCAGUAACCUAUCAGAAUCUGAGAAUUCCAACGUUCCAACUCUUCCGGGAUUACCUGAAAGUCCAGGCCGACAUUCACCAAUGUCCCCUCAACCCUCUUCUAGCAGUGACCUUUCCACCGUAACGGAGACCUCAGAUGCCACAGCAGAAACAGACAACAUUGAGGUUGAAAAUAUGGACUCAUCGGAGAUGAUCUUUCCGGUGAUUAACGAAGAUUUUUGGUCAGAAGCAGACUUGUUUGAGAAUUCCAGCAUGGAAUUGGCAUCAGAUAUUAUGGUACCUUCAGGAUUUUAUGGCAACGGUCCAACAAGUAUUGAUGAUGAUAUGGAUUUCUGGUACAACCUUUUUGUUAUAGCUGGGGGAAUAGAGGAAUUACUAUAAUUUUUUGUUGGAGAGCAAAUGAAUUUGAACAUCCAGGGAAUCUUUCAGGACUUUUGACCGCUAACCUGGAAAACAGAAACACAAAAGAUUUCCAGGGCGGGCCAAAUUUUUCCAAAAGGAAGAAUACAUAUCUAUCACUCAUUGACGAAGACAAUAAUGAGCAAAGAUAAUUCUAUGAUUUGUUGGGUGUACUUUUGAAGGGAAAUGAAGACACAGAAGAAUAAAGGGUAAGAGAUGAGAAGGUUGGAAAAGUUUUGUUUGUAUAGUGACAUAUUAGUAUUAAAUAGGUUACCAUUAAUUCGUAGUUACUCUUCAUUCAACACAGAUAUUAUUAUUUGACAAACCUUGUAAUACUUGUCUAAUUAUAUUUAAUGCAUAAAAUUUAUUAGGAUGCU